GGCCUACUUAGUUACAUUCCAUCACUGACGGAGAGUAUACAUAAACAAAAACAAAAACAAAAGUCAAAUCCCUUGUUUGUGUACACAACAAAGUCAAUUCUUCUACUUUCAAGAUGUUUUUAGAGCGCUAUUUUUGGAAACAAGGAUUUCCCAGUAUCAGUGAACGCCACCCUGUCCAAUCAGCAGUCUGUAUUUUGUGGCAGAAUUUUGAACGUUACCCGCCAGAAGUCAGAACUUAAAACCAAAAACGCAACAACCGCCAUAAAACGCCAAGAAAAAUAAGAAGAAGAUCUUAAACUCGCGUUAAGUUUUUCGACUCAGUAGUCCGCUGCUACUUUCACCACGUUUCAACAUCGAGAAACGCACUUUAUAUCCAACAUGGACGAUUUUUUAAGGAAACGACUCACUGAAAACAGCUUCAGCUACAAAACGUCGCUGGAACGAAUCAUAGACAAGUAUUCAAAGCUUCAGGACCAAGAUGGAGGGAUGGAGGUGUGCCUCGUGAAAACAUCAACUCCAACAAUUGAACGCUACAUGAGCCAGUCAAAAAUGGAGCUGAACAAGCGCCUGACAGAUUUGAGUGACGAGUCAAGAUCCCAGGACAUAACAACAGACUCUCAGUUAAACUUGACGCUUCAAUCUGGCGGAGCUGAUGAAACUUGUGCUUCCAACCUGUCUGUGUCUGUGGAGGAUGAUGUGACAGCUAGAAGUGACACGACUCACCUGACUGUGAGCUCGUCGGAUGCGAGUCAGAGAACCAUUUUUGAGGUGGAGGUCCAGCCUGAGGACCAAGAUGAGGAGCUGGAAAUGACUCUGAGAAGCCAAGGCAGCUCUUUGGUGGAGCUCUACCCCAGUAUGAUCAGUCGUAUAGGGAGGGCCUGGCACCGGCAGCAUGUCUCAGAUGCAGCUGACUCGGUGCUGAGGAGGUACCGCAGAUGGCGACAGCAGUCAAACAGAAGCAAUCUCAGCAACACCUUCAUCGUUGCACUGAAACACAACAGAAACCCGAAAAACACAACGCUGCUGAAUGAGGGCAGCCCCGUCAGAAGGCAGUUCCUGGGGCCUGAGACCACCCCUCGGUCUCCACUGCAGAUGUUAAGUAAUAUGCAGGAUUGGCAAACGCAGCAGCCGUCUCCUGGGAGGGGGAGAAGAGAGGAGCACCAGUCUGUCCUCGUGAUGGACCUCUCUGGUCCCUCUGAGCCAAGAGAGGUUUCGCUAAAUGAGACCUUCACUAUGUCUGAAGUAUCCCAGCUGGGAGAGCAGCCCUCCACUUACACGCUCAGUCCUUCACGACCUUGCUAUCCCACCGCAAAAGCAUCCCUGGACCCUUCCCUCAGGUCUAAAAGGCUUUCUCUCACUGCACACUCCCCGCAGACCAGUGGCUGCUUCACAUAUGCAUCUGAAAGCACCGCUGCAAGAGAACGACCGGACAUCUACAGCUCCCCAGUCAGGCAGAGUCCCUUACAGGCAAGGACAAUGACCAGCCUCAGCAGAUCACCUCGUGCCUUUUCAAGAAGCCCAAAAGCACCCUCUUCCGAAAGCUUUUCCAGAGAGCCUACAAGGCCCAGAUUAAUCUCCACCCCUCCACAAAAGCCAGCUGUGCCACAGAGGAUGCUUUACCCUCAAGACUCCCACCUUUACACACAGCUUCGUUCCCCUCAGUCAGCCACAUCAGCAGGAGGUUGUCACAGGCUCAGGCGUCACCUUUCCUUUGACUCCUCCCUGCUGUCCAUCCGCAUCUCCUACUCCCCAAAAAAGCUUGACGAGGACUUUCUGAAGCUCUACCACAAGUUUGUCUGCCAGAGCAAAUCAUCGUUCUUUAAUGAGCAUCCCUGCCGCCUCUGUGCCAGAAGCUCUGAGGCCAGCAGAGGCCCCUCUUCCUCAGCUCUGGCAGCUCUCGCCUUGUCGCCCCAUCGCUCCCUCCUGAGAAAACGCCACAGGGAGUUGGACUGGCGGAGCCACCCCCAGUCCAAACGCUCCAGGGAUGAGUACUGCACGUCCUCCCCAGGGUCUAAACGCCACGGGAGAGAGAUGCUGAGGCGUUGUCUCUCUGCUUCUGAAUAUGAACAUGAUGGCCUCUCCUAUAGCUCCAUGAAACACAGCAACAACCAGCAGCGCUCAGCAGAUGCACAUCAGGAAUCUUGGAUGAGUCGGCACCGCCAUGUGUCUGCGGCUGAUUUCUCUGGCAUGGGAAGUUCACUUGAGAGCAGAAUGGCCAGUGGCUCCUCCCCCAGAAAAAGGUGGUGAUCAGGAAAACACCGGCCCGCCUGCUGAAGAACGAAACAUAUUGUGAUGCAAGAGAAGUCAGUGCAGUUUUUUAAACUUUCUGACACAUAUUGGUGAAAGUCUUAUGGUAGUGUGCAAAUGAUGAAGUAAAACCAAAAGCAUUUUUAAUGUGAGCUCAGGAAAUUGCAUCACUAAACUAAAACUGCUGAUGUUAAAUUUUUAGCUGUUCAUUAUGUGUCUUUGUUUUCCAUCCAAGUUCAAGUUUGUUUGGAUGUUUUAAAUGUUUUACAAGUAUCGUCCAAACCAUCUGUUAGAAUAAUUGUGGUUUAUACUCUUGUAUGCCCUCUGAAUCUUCUUGUAUGAUGCAUCAUUACCUAAGUUAUUACAACCUCAUGUUUAUUCCUUGUUAUAUCUGUUCAUUAUUAAAAUAAAAAUGUCAUUGUCAAAAUGCAGUUUCUGAAAGAAAAAAACAAAACAAGCACUCGUUACCAUUGCAGUAACUUUAUCAUUUAUUUUCCAUUAUAUUCAUGUACAGUUGAAAGUCUAGAAAACAAAAUAUCCAGCAGGCAGACCCAAAACAAAACAGCAUCAUGGUUAAUUUUAGGUAAAGAUAGAAAAGUAAACAUGACAGGAAAAUAAGACAUUUUAACUUUUUGGUCAUGAGCCUUGUGCGCUUUUCUGACACGGCAAACUCUACCUAAUGCUCCCGUUUUAAGGCUAGGAAUGUGAAAAUGUGAAUCUUAUUUAAAGACUCCUCAAAAUACAUUUACAUGGUAGCGUUUAAAAAAACAAAAAGCAACAGCAUUGUGUAGUAAGACAUGCACUUGGAAUCACACCUUUGUGACAUCAGGAAAUAACUGACUACACAUCACUGCUGCAAAGUGAGACUGUAACUACUGGAGGUCUUUAACAGUGACAUUUUUAGCUUAGAGCGAUAGUUCAGAUUUUUUGAAGUGGGGCUGUAUGAGGUACUUAUCAAUAAUCAGUGUAUUACGUACAGUAGAUGUCGAUCAGCGCGCCUCGAGUUUGGAGAAGCAGACAAGAGUAGCCCACGGAAAGUACUGCUGUGGCUGGGCAAAACUUGUCAGUGCUCUUUUUCAAAGCCAGGUUCCAUUGACAGAAACGGCCAUUUUACCUUGCUGAACUUGAGGAGUUGCUGAUCUACUGCUACCUCAAUUAAUUCGUUUGUUUGUGCUAUUGUGUGACUUUGGGGUUUUAAAGGGUCAGUUUGGAUGCACUUCAGUGUCACAAUAACACAAAUAAAUGACCAAUUGAAGCAGUGGCAGACCAGCAACUCCCAUGUUCAGUGAGGUAAAAUUG